AUGGAUUCUGACGAGCUAGACCCUUUCUCCAGUGAGAGUCUAUGGAGGCUUUCAAAGUUCAGUCUAGAAGCUCUGCAACCAUUGGAGACUCUACCAUGGAACACGGAACUGCCUGAUGUUUCGGGCUCUCUUAUUCACCAAUCCACGGAUACGGAUAGCAAGAUCGAUCCGAUAUGGAAGUUGAACUUGUUUAAUACCGAUUCCGAGCAGCUCGAGUCGGCGUCCAAUUCAAUUAUCGACCACUCGAUAGACGCUCGGUCCGAUGCGCCGACUGAACCACUACCAGAGCUCGGAGAAGAAGAUUUAUGGGAUCUGGAUUUACUGCAGGAGAAAACGGGUCAUAUUGCGCCGCUCAAAUCAUGGGAGAGAUACCAGGAUCGGUCGUUUCAGGAACCAGUGUCGGCAUACUUCAGUGAAUCGGGCGCCAAAGGCUUCGACGCGGCACUUGCGCGACAGAGCACCGAAGGCCGUGAUAUUUCUGGCCGCCUAGUUCGAGACGAUAUCUUUAUUCGAUCACUGUUACGGCUUGGGUUGGGCUGGAGCUCUGCAUUCUUUCGUUUCAACCAGAAGAAGAUGGCUUUCGAGCGAUACAUGAAGGACAUUCGUGUCUCUGGUGUUAGCUUGAAAGUUUUGGAUGCUGCGAUUACACAAAUAUUGCAAUGCGGCACCAAUAUGCAGCGAGUACGAGUGUUUGUUAGGACUCCGCCGACCAAAUCCGAGGAUAUUUCUGCUAUAUUCACCCUGCGUGGUAUCGUCGCUGUGAUAAUCUAUAACCUUGAGCAACAAAUUCUUGCUCAUUCCCGACAAGUCGUCUCGCUUCUUCAAGUCACGACCCUGUUCGGUCGAUGCGCAGACAUAAUAGGCGCCCUGGUUGAGUUCAUCGAUGCAGUGGAGAAAGCUGUUACAGACGCUCAAGUCAUUUCGGGUGUUAUCCAAUGGGCCACCUUUUUCGCGCAGAAGUUUGGGUGGAUGGAGAAUCUUGCACACGAAGUCGUGGUUCAAGUCACGGCGCCGUGGUUUAGAUUUAUGGAGGGCUGGAUCGGCCUUCGGCCUGAAGAAUCAGCGCUCAAUGACUUACUGGCGAGUGGCCGCACGUUUGUUAAGGAAGAACGUCAUGAGGACCCUGGAAGGUUAAAGUCAACACCUUCUCGAGUCGAGUACAACUACCUUGGGUCCCACAUGCCAUCAUUCAUACCCAAAGACCAAGCGCUCUCGAUAUUCGAGAGUGGAAGGAGUCUUCGUCUCCUCAAGAAAUCACACCCACAACAUCCCAUUGCCCGUCGUGAUGUUCUCAAUCGGACAGGCCAACUUCGCCUUGAAUAUGCGACAAGCUGGGCAGAUAUCGAGCGAAUUCAAAAAAGAGCACUCGAAUACGAGUCCAACCUUCGUACUGAGAUUUUGAGGUAUCACAAAGAGGGUUCGACUGCGCAGCCAAAUACGAUUGAAUCAACUCAGGAUACUGACGAAGCGAGUUCAAAUGACAUCGUGGAAAAAACCUUUGAGCUAUUUGACAUUGAUGAUGAGAAGCAUUCAGCCAGAUGCUUCAGAAAGCCAGGGACCCCGGUCCUGACUCCAUCUCUUUCGGCAAUCGAUUUGGGCCAGACUUGGCAUCAAGUCUCUAUCUCUCAUUUGCUCCGAUUAUUUCUUCUCAGGCUCAACUUAUCGAUUUCUCAUGCCUCCAUCACCUUUUUUAAAGAGCACGACGUUCGGCACCAUUUGAACCUUCAAUGGCGAUUUCAGCUAUUGGGAGAUGGUUCAUUUGCCUCGCGUCUCUCGAAAUCUCUGUUCGAUCCUGAGAUGGACAGCGGCGAGCGCAAGGCUGGACAGGCCCGGGGUGGUGUGCACACUGGAUUGCGCCUAGGCAGUCGUGAUAGCUGGCCCCCAGCAAGCUCAGAGCUGCGACUGGUUCUUAUUGGGAUUCUUGGAGACUGCUAUUUCUCUGACACGGAGCCCGACCAGCCUGACAAAGCGCAGAAUGAAAGAGAGAAUGAGCUUCCCGGUGGCCUCAAUUUCUCUAUCCGAGAAUUGACAGAUGAAGAGAUUGAACGUUGCAAAGAUCCCAACGCCAUAGAGGCACUGGAUUUCCUCCGUCUACAGUACAAACCCCCGGAAACCCUCGAAGCUCUCAUCACGUCACGCUCUCUGAAGAAGUACGACCGUCUCUUCAAGCAACUGCUCCGCCUCCUUCGCAUGGUAUCGGUUGUCAAAGGACUUAUUCGUGACUCUACCUCCCGAGAAUCCCUCACAGGGGAUAUCCGAAAUGUGUUCCAGAGGUUCCGAAUCGACGCCCAGCACUUCGUUCUCGCAGUCAGCGACUACUGUUUCCACGUCGGCAUUGGAUCCAUCUGGACCAACUUCCAAACAACCCUCUCGAGAAUCGAACGCUGUCUUGAUCGUGGCGAUAUCGACGGUACCAUCGAAGCGGCUCAUUCCGUGCCGCGCCUCCGGGACUACCACGAAGAUAUCCUCGAUCAAAUGCUGUUUGCUCUCCUCUUGAGCAAACGACAUGCACACGCUGCGAAGUUGUUAGAUAACAUCUUCAGCGUAAUUCUUGCGUUCAGUCUGUUAUCCACGGCGGAAGGCUUGAGUGGGCUCCGCCAUGAGAAUGAAGGUGCUGCUCUUCAUUUGUAUUCUACUUUCCGGAAACAGACCUCGGCCUUCGUGGGAUAUCUUCGUCGCUUGGACCCAGGGAACUCCUCUGCCAAAUCAAUGGCGAAGUCGGGAGCCGCCUUCUCGUUGCAGAGUGAGCCGAUGAGCGUAUUUGAACAUCUCCGAGUGCGCUUAGAUAUGAGGGAUUACUAUUAA